AUGACAGCACCAGAUCACCUACAGACUAAAGCCAUCCAUCUGAAGAACUCCUGGACUCGUCACUGCAAUAAAAUUUUAUUCAUGAGCUCCACUGCCAAUGAAAGCUUCCCCGCUAUCGGUCUGGACACCCAGGAAGGAAGGGACCAACUCUACUGGAAGACCAUUCGUGCCUUCCAGUAUAUAUACAAGCAUCACUUUCAUGAAGCUGACUGGUUUUUAAAGGCAGAUGAUGACACUUAUGUAGUGGUGGACAAUUUACGAUGGAUGCUUUCAAAUUAUACACCUGACCAACCAAUAUAUUUUGGCAAACGUUUCAAACUUUUUGUCAAGCAGGGCUACAUGAGUGGUGGAGCUGGUUAUGUACUGAGCAAGGAAUCUUUGCAACGCUUUAUAGAGGGGUUUCACAAAGGGAUCUGCUCUCACAAGUCAGCAGUGGAGGACCUGGAACUGGGUCAGUGUAUGGAGAACAUGGGGGUUAUAGCUGGAGAUACCAGAGACAGCGAAAAAAGAGAGAGCUUCCAUCCAUUCACACCUGAUUUUCAUUUGUUUGGUCAUUUUCCUGAAGAUAACGCCUACUAUCAGUACUCUUAUUACCCUAUCAUAGAGGUGAGUUUAACACAUAUUUUUUUUUGUUAG